UUGAAAAAAAUGUAAUUUUUAAAAUACGAAAUUUAAGCUAAAUAACUAACGCAAAAGACGCAAAAAUAGUGCAAAGUCUUGAAGAAUCGCGGCUCCCUCCCUUUUUUUAUAAUAUUUACUGUCGUUAUAUACCUGUUCUCACUUUUAUUAACAUUUUACCAGACAAUCAUCAAAUACUCAAGCAGAAAUGAUAAAAAAACGAAACAUUUAAGACCAUUUACAUACAAAGACAAACCAGAAACUUCAAAAAUAUGAAAUCAUACAAAGAGUAAACGCAAUAGAAGAAACUUAACUAUCCAUACAGAAUACUUGAAGUUUGUAAAUUUUAAAUUUUGCAACAACAAUUCUAAUAUAUUUUAAGCAUAAAGCAACUAUCCCAAAAUAAACAUUGUUAAUUACAUAGCUUGUCCAUCCUGUCCAAAUAAUCUAAACUUUUCUUCACAAAAAAGGUUCACGAAAAGUAUUAAUUGAAAGCUUUUUGACUGCGCUGCGGCACAGAAAUGACAUAUCGGUAUUUAGAUGAAUAUUCUUCCGUUGCUAUUAUUUAUGUAAAAUAUAAAAAUAAACGCAAAUUUUUACUACCGUAUUGACAACAUAUUCAACGCACCUGUUUCUCGCAAUCCUUCCGACAUAAAAAAAUAAAAAUAGGUUUUAAUGAGAAAACGAUCCAGAUCAUCUGCUGUCGUACGGAACAGUGCUGAUGUUUGCGAUAUAUGAAGACUAUCGUUAACUUUAAAAUAAAAUCUUUGUAGAAGCAGUUUUAUCCAGUUUUAUUGUGGUAUCGGAAAAACGUCUUGGGUUUUAACUAAAAUCAUCCCAGUAAAUGAAAAAGUAAUAUGGUAUAUACACUUAAACACCAGCAAGAAGAAUAAAAACAAUAAAAUAAAACGCAUUUUAAAAACUGUUUCCAGCCGAAAUAGCGAAACAACAUACAAUAGAAGAUCAUGUCGUAACCUUUUGAAAGAAAGCAUGAUCAAUAUUGAGCUUUUUUCAUAGAUCCUUCUCGGACAAUGGUCUGGAAUGAAAUAUCUUAAAAUACAACGAUGAGCCGGCACACGCCAAUUUGUUUUUAGGAUUAAGGCGCCGAUAACUUCGGUGGGAAAACAAACUUUUGCGGCGGGAAUUGAACAAAAUCAAAAAACUCGCGUCGGAUUUACACGGUCGCGUUCAUGCUAAAUACCGACAUUGUUCUUAUAUCAUAAAAAAAGAUCAGUACAUUUUCCUAAAACAAUUAUUGUGAUUUUUUGCAUUCAAAAAUGAGUAGAAGUCAUAGGAGACGGAGAAGUCGGUCUUCUAAAGGCUCGAGAUCCACUACAGAUGGAAGUAGUUUUUUGGAAGAUAUUUCAGAGGACGGGGGUGAAGGGCCUAAAUAUGAAAUUAAAACGUCGAAAAUAAUGGGCAGAUACAUUGUGGCCAAAAAAGAUAUUAAACCGGGCGAAGUAAUAAUUUCGGAGGAACCUCUUGUGAUCGGCCCAUGCACGGAUUGUAAGGUACAAUGUCUUGGAUGCUAUAAGGAUUUGGAAAAGGAAAUUAGAUUAUUCAGAUGUUCAAAGUGCGGAUGGCCAAUGUGCUCGAAACAAUGUCCUGGAAUCAAGAAGCAUCACGGCCAUACUGAAAUAGAAUGUACAAUUUUGCAGGAAUGUAAAUCGGCAUCUUUUUUCAACUAUGAUGAUUUGGAGGAUUUGCGUACUCAUUUCCAAGCAAUAGUUCCCUUAAGAUGCUUAAUACUAAAGACAACAGACCCGGAAAGAUAUGCCAUUCUUAUGGACAUGGAAAGCCACAACGAGAUAAGGCGAAAUAUUCCCGACUUAUGGGCGCUCAAUCAGAGCAGGGUAGUGAAUAGGAUAAUAAAACACUGGAAACUUACCGAAUUUUCAGAGGAGGAGAUCCAUACGAUUUGUGGAAUAUUAGAGGUAAAUACUUUUCAAAUAGGCCAACAAGGAAUAAAUAUUAGAGGUUUAUAUCCAACCUCUUUUCUACUGUCUCACAACUGUGUACCUAACACAAAUCAUACUGAUGAAGAGGAUACGUAUGAGCUAACAAUAAGGGCUUCAACCAAAAUUCAGGAAGGACACCCCAUAACUCUAAGUUAUGCAUAUACAUUGCAGUGUACCUCAAAAAGACGAGAACACCUUCUAGAAAAUAAGUUUUUCGAAUGCAGAUGUGAGAGAUGCUCGGACCAGACUGAAUUGGGCACCUAUUGUGGAGCGUUAAUUUGCCCGAAAUGUGAUAAUGGUUUGGUGCUCUGUGAUAAUCCUCUAGAUUUUGAUUCAACUUGGAGCUGCAAUAACACUGCGAAAUGCUGUGCGGGAUACUCCAUUUCAGCUACCUCCAUGAAUUUGCUGUUAAACAGAAUAUCUGACGAAGUGGAUCAAAUUGACUGCAAUGACAUAAAAUCCAUGGAAUUAUUCUUGGAAAAGUACCGAAAUGUCUUACAUCCCAACCAUUACCUGUGCCUGGGAAUCAAAAUUUAUCUCAGUCAAGUAUACGGACGGAUUUCGGGAUAUAUCAUACAGGAACUGGAUGAGAAGCCUUUGCUGAGAAAAAAGGAGAUUUGCAAGGAAAUUUUAAGUGUCUUUGAUGUGAUAGAGCCGGGUUUAACUCGAAUAAGAGGAGUUACCCUCUAUGAAAUCCACGCCCCAGUCAUGAUCCUGCUGACACGCCAAAUGGAAUCCCAACCCAUAUCAAAAAAUCUCAUCAAAGCUACUUUGAAGGAAGUUCUUAAGUACUUGAUCGAAGCAGAGAUCAUUUUGAGUCACGAGCCGAAAAAUUCCGUCGAAGGCAUUAUGGGAAAGGCAGCCAGAGACGCCAUUCUUCAAAUAAAGGAUUGGGAGAAAAUUGUGGGAAAAAUCAGAUGAGAUAAAUAAAAUAUACUAUUUUCAUUUGAGGA